AUGACUAUCGAAGAGCGUGUAAUUGCGGCCUGCCAAAAGGCUAAGACCCUCAAAAAGCCCAAUUUCGCCGCGUUGUCGCGUGAAUAUUGUGUUCCCGUGCAGCGCCUACGGGCGCGUGCAAAAGGUCGACAAUCCAAAAACGACCGCCCUGCACCCCAUAGAAGGCUAGAUGACGCUCAGGAAGCUGCACUAUUUGCCUGGAUCAAUCGUCUAGAUAACCUAGGUGUUCCGCCUACCUCCGGACGUAUAGAAGCUAGUGCAAAUGCUAUGAUUCGUCGUCUAGACCCAUUGGCGCCAUCUCUCAAUAAAAACUGGGUGUACCACUUUAUUGAGAAAGCAACAAUACAACACAGCUUUUUCUGGAUAAAGCAGAAGCCAAUGGGACGUGAUCGAUAUAGUAGCCUCGAUAUUGGUAUCAUACAGGCUUUUUUUGAUCGGAUUGAGCCUCUGAUUGCUGCUAUUCCGGCCUCCCAUAUCUAUAAUUUUGAUGAAACUGGAUUCCUUCUAGGCCAGGGAAGACCUCAAAACGUGCUUACGAAGUAUUCUGAACGUCGUUCUAUUGCAUCUGAGGAGCGUGGCAGUCUUUUUACUGGGAUUGAAUGUAUUUCAGCAGAUAGUUGGUUAAUGCCAGCGUAUUUUGUUGCGAAAGGCAAAUUCCACCUUGAACGCUGGUAUAUCAAUAACAACAACCUUCCACACAAUUCACGGAUUGCUAUGUCGUCUAGUGGCUAUUCCAACGAUGAAAUAGCUAUAGAUUAG